AUGGUCGAGCCCUCGCGGUAUGGCCCGAGCUACCACUGCGUCACGGUCUCGCGCGACGUCUUCGAGGUGCGCGCCCAAUACGUCAACCUGCGCCCGAUCGGCGGCGGCUCGUAUGGCAUUGUGUGCUCGGCCGAAGACACGCUGCGCGGGCGCAAGGUCGCGAUCAAGAAGAUCACUGAUGUCUUUGACGACCUCACCGACGCCAAGCGCAUUCUGCGCGAAAUGAAGCUCCUUCGCCAUCUCGGGACGCACGAAAACAUCAUCAACAUUCUCGAUGUGAUCUUGAUCCCGCCCGACACGACCAAGUUUGACGACAUUUACAUCGUCACCGACCUCAUGGAGAGCGAUCUGGAGCGCAUCAUUAGCUCGACCCAAGCGCUCUCGGAUGCGCACUUUCAGUACUUCCUCUACCAGAUCCUGCGGGGCACCAAGUUUAUCCACUCGGCGAAUGUGCUCCAUCGCGACCUGAAGCCCUCGAACCUGCUCGUCAAUUCGAACUGCGACCUCUCGAUCUGCGACUUUGGCCUCGCGCGUGGCGUCGAGCUCCUCCACAACGAAGAUCUGACCGAGUACGUCGUAACGCGAUGGUACCGCGCGCCCGAGCUCCUCACCGACUGCCAGAACUAUGGCAACCCCGUCGACAUGUGGGCGAUCGGCUGCAUCUUUGCCGAAAUGCUCCGCCGGCGCCCGUUCUUCACGGGGAAGGACCCCUCGGACCAGCUGCACAUGAUUGUGCGCGUGCUCGGGUCGCCGACGCUCGACGAGAUGCGCUUUGUGACGCACGAGGCCGCCAAGAAGGCCGUGACCCAGCACGGCUACUACCCCAAGAGGUCGCUGCUCGAAUUCUUCCCGGACGCCAACCCGCUCGCGAUCGACCUCCUCGGGCGCAUGCUCAAGUUUAGCCCCGACGAGCGCAUCACGGUCACGCAGGCGCUCGAGCACCCGUACUUGGCCCAGCUCCACAACCCCGCGGACGAGCCCGUGUGCCACGCGCCGUUUAACUUUGAUUUUGAGCGCGAGUCGCUGGACCAAGGCGUUGAGAUGCCCAAGGAGGAGCUGCAGCGGUACGUCUACCUCGAGAGCACUGCCAUCCACCACGUCGAGAACGUCGACAUGGGCGACGACGACGACAGCAGCUUUCUCCAUGCGGACGCGAUCCACUUGCAUUGA